GGAUUUGGGGUUGCGAGAGAAGGGGAAAGACAAGCACAAGCAUGAGAAGGGUGACAGGCAUUCUCGUACGACAGAGGUUCGUUCAGGCAAUGCGUCGAACACCUUGUGUCUUCGAAACCCAUCUUAGUUUGAAACAGUUGAGCACCCAAUCAACACAAAACCAAGAUUCCCUGUCUCGGAGAAUCGAGCGUCUCCCCAAAGGAGAAUCGGUCGGGUCUGCUUUCCGCAGUUGGAUGAGAGAUGGCUUCCCCGUUCACGGUGGUGACAUCUUUCACGCCAUUAACCGUCUGAGAAAGCUCAACAUGAACAAGCGCGCCCUUGAGGUGAUGGAAUGGGUGAUUAGGGAGAAACCCUAUAGACCUAGGGAACUGGAUUACUCUUAUCUUGUGGAAUUCACAACUAAGCUUCAUGGGAUUUCACAUGGCGAGAAGCUCUUUUCUCACAUUCCUUGUGAGUUUCAGAAUGAGUUGCUUUACAACAAUCUAGUGAUUGCAUGCUUGGAUAAAGGUGUUAUAAGGCUUUCACUUGAGUACAUGAAAAAAAUGAGGGAAUUGGGUUUGCCCAUUUCCCACUUGGUUUUCAACCGCCUCAUAAUUCUGCAUUCUGCGCCGAGUUGCAAGAAGAUGAUACCCAAGUUGCUCACCCAAAUGAAGGCUGAUAAAGUCACCCCACAUGUGUCCACCUACAAUAUUUUGAUGAAAAUAGAGGCCAAUGAACAUAAUCUUGAGAAUUUGGUGAAGGUAUUCAGUCGUAUGAAGGAUGCUCAGGUUGAACCAAACGAAAUAUCUUACUGCAUUUUAGCUAUUGCUCAUGCAGUGGCCAGAUUAUAUGCUGCAACUGAAUCAUAUGUCGAAUCUGUGGAGAAGUCUAUUACAGGGAAUAAUUGGUCAACAUUGGAUGUUCUGCUUAUGUUGUAUGGAUAUCUGGGGAACCAAAAGGAGCUCGAAAGAGUUUGGACCAUGAUUCGAGAACUUCCCUUUGUUAGAUCUAAAAGUUACUUGUUAGCCAUUGAAGCAUUUGGUAGAAUCGGACAGCUAAAUCGAGCUGAAGAACUUUGGUUAGAAAUGAAAUCAACAAAAGGAUUGAAAUCUGUAAAGCAAUUCAAUUCAAUGAUGUCUGUAUAUUGCAAACAUGGAUUUGUUGACAAAGCAGCUAGACUGUACAAAAAUAUGAAGACAAAUGGGUGCAAACCAAAUGCCAUAACUUAUCGUCAGCUUGCUCUGGGCUGCUUUAAAUCUGGUAUGGCAGAGAAAGCUUUGAAGACAUUAGACUUGGGCUUGCGUUUGAAAAUUAGCAAGAGGGUUAGGAAUUCAACUCCAUGGUUGGAGACCACUCUUUCAAUUGUUGAGAUUUUAGCUGAAAAAGGCGAUGUAGGAAAUGUUGAGAGAUUAUUUGAAGAAUUUCAUAAAGCUAAGUAUUGUAGGUAUACCUUUGUAUAUAACACCUUAAUUAAGGCUUAUGUAAAAGCUAAGAUUUAUGAUCCAAAUCUUUUGAAAAGGAUGAUUCUUGGGGGAGCUAGACCAGAUGCUGAAACUUACAGUCUCUUGAAAAUUGAUGAACAGUUUCGAACCUGAUUUUGAUUGAUCAUUUUUCACUAGUUAUAUGUAUCUUGUUGUCUUCCCAUUUACUAAAUAUGUAUCGAUUGCGGAACAAGAGCCAAUAAGAUGGAAGA